CUAGAUUUCUCUCCCAAGCAAAUCACUGUGAGCUCCCUCUCCCUCUCUCUCUCUCUCUCUCUCUCUCCUUUAGGGCUUUGAUUUUUGGAACCCAGAAAAAGCACAAAAAGGAGAAUGUGUUUUUGUACAAGCAGAUAAAUGAAGAGGUGCCCAAUGUACGGCUAGACCUGCUCGAUCUGAGGAUUUCGUGACUGGUGAUGCUAAGUUGUUUCAUUUGGAUUGCUAAAACUUCAUCAGUGGAGUUCUUGGAAUGUUGACACCUUAACUAACAUGAGCCAGGUUGAAGUAUCGAGGAUGAAGCCACCUCUUGUUCCACUUGCGACCUUAAUUGGCCGGGAACUGAGGAAUGAGAAAGUCGAGAAGCCUUUUGUGAAGUUUGGACAGGCUGCUUUGGCCAAAAAAGGAGAAGAUUACUUUCUGAUUAAACCUGAUUGUGAGAGGGUUUCUGGGAAUCCAUCAACAUCUUUUUCAGUAUUCGCGAUUUUUGAUGGGCAUAAUGGUAUAUCAGCUGCCAUUUUUGCCAAGGAGAACUUAUUGGGUAAUGUCUUGAGUGCAAUUCCACAAGGUGCCAAUAGGGAGGAGUGGCUUCAAGCCCUUCCCCGGGCUCUGGUUGCAGGUUUUGUGAAAACAGACAUCGAAUUUCAGCAGAAAGGGGAAACUUCUGGGACAACAGUUACGUUUGUUGUGAUUGAUGGAUGGACUGUCACUGUUGCAUCUGUUGGCGAUUCUAGAUGUAUAUUGGACACCCAAGGGGGUAUAGUUUCUCUCCUGACAGUAGAUCACAGGCUAGAAGAGAAUGAAGAAGAAAGGGAGCGUGUCACUGCCAGUGGGGGUGAAGUUGGGAGACUUAAUGUUUUCGGGGGCAAUGAGGUUGGUCCCCUUCGUUGCUGGCCUGGUGGAUUAUGCCUUUCUAGGUCAAUUGGUGACACAGAUGUUGGGGAGUUUAUUGUACCAAUACCGCAUGUUAAGCAAGUGAAGUUGUCAAAUGCUGGAGGACGACUUAUUAUUGCUUCAGAUGGUAUUUGGGAUGCUUUGUCUUCAGACAUGGCUGCCAAGUCUUGUCGGGGACUACCAGCAGAGCUUGCAGCAAAGCUGGUUGUUAAGGAAGCUUUGAGGUCAAGGGGCCUGAAGGAUGAUACAACAUGCCUGGUUGUCGAUAUUAUUCCUUCUGACGUGCCUGUCCUACCUUCAACACCUAUGAAAAAGCAGAAUGUGCUCAGUUCUUUACUUUUCGGGAAGAGAUCUCUAAAUUCUACAAACAAAACUACAAGUAAACUCUCUGCUGUUGGAGUUGUUGAAGAGCUAUUUGAGGAGGGUUCUGCAAUGCUUGCUGAAAGGUUAGGUAAGGAUUUUCCCACAAAUACAAACUCGGGAAUCUUCAAAUGUGCUGUCUGUCAAGUCGAUCAACCUCCGGCAGAGGGUUUAACUGUGAACUCCGGGCCAUUUUUCUCACCUGCUUCAAAGCCCUGGGAAGGACCCUUUCUCUGCACAAACUGUCGGAAAAAGAAAGAUGCCAUGGAAGGAAAAAGGACAAGCAAACCCACGGUGAUCGCAUAAACAUCUCUUCCGGUAACAAAGUAAAUAUGAUGUAUUUUCCCCCCUGGCAGUGUGAACAUCCUUUGUUUCCCAUUUUACCUGGUGAUUGCAGUAGAUGAUCCGAGUUAGAGAUGAUGAGGUAGGGUGUUUUGCCAUUAUUGUUUUUGUGAGUUUACAUUUGUGCUCGGCUAUAUCACGGACCAACUCGGGACGAAGAUGGUGUCUGAUAGAUAUUUGUGAUCAUAGUUUGAAUUGCUAACCGCUUGAAUUUGUAAUUAAAAGUGAAGAAUGCAAGUAGUGUGUAUGUAUUU